CAGCCACUUCGGCGACAACCAAGCAACAGGCACCGACUUCUCCCGCCACUGCAGCCGCAUCAGCCAGCCCCGUUCGAGAUGUACAGCCGCCGAGCCGCACUCACCCUUCUCUGCCUGGCCCUCGUGGCGGCCCUCGUGACGCAAGAGGCGCAGGCCAGCAAGCUCAAGAAGGUGGCCAAGUACGCGCUCAUCGGCGCCGCCCUGGCGCCAAGGAUUGUCCCAAUCCCGAUCCCGAUUGGUCACCACGCGCACUACGAGCCCCACUAUGACCACGGCUGGCACGCUGGUCUGCAGGGAGGUCACGGCUGGUGGUGAGAGGGCCACCGGGGGUGGCGCUACAAGCCCACCCGACGGAAACGAAAUUCAAGUGCACUUCAGUUCCCCCCCGCUCCCUACGAAGAGCGCUACGACCACCAAAUGUGUGACCAGUCAACGUUUCUGCGUGUGUUGUUGUAUAUACCGUACGUGUGCUCGUAUCUGACAGCCUACCAUGGACUCACACCGCAUUUGUUGUCCCCGUCCGACCCUACGUCUUCUCCGCGUUCCUGUCCAAAUGUCUUCGUUUUAAUAAACCAAAUAAUUCAUUGACCACCACAAA